AUGGCUGCCCAGCCGCCGCGUCCUCCUCCUAACAACCUCCUGUUCUGCAGUCCUCCACCUGCCCUUCCGCACGUGUUACUACUACCCAGUGAUACUGCAUGCAGCAACGGCGAUCUCCAAGUUGCAUCCAGUAUUACCAGCCAAACAAACGAAGCCGAUGCUUUACACGAAAUAAACAAUGUGGGUGUGCCCACUUGUGAAGAUUUGUACGAUGAUCAAGUAGAACUAUAGAAAAAGAUCAAAACAUUGAAUACCAGUUGCCACCUGAAAGCUAUUUGCGAAGAACACAUAGUUUUGACGUUUCUGAAAUUUACGCUGCAAAUAUCGCUCACGAAAUCGACUCUCGCGCAUUCCGGCAUAGAAGAUCUGAACCUGAUUUAUCCAAGUAUGGAUUGUUUGCCGAAGUAACUAUGGAAUGCACACCUAUGCAACCACCCCCUCUUGUGCUCAACAACCCUUUCUAUGAUGGUUCGUAUGCACUGGAUCCCAAUCAGUUCAAUCCAGCUAUGGUGAUGCUACCUGAUAACUAUUUAGCUUUUGAAGAUUCAUUUGUCCCUACUUGGGAUUACAAACCUGAAUAUCUAAUAGAUAGAGAAUUGAAUCCUGAGCUGUACUAUGAUGGUCUACCUCUAAUUCCUUCAAACGAUCCUUGGUCCGUUUAUUGCAACGAAAAUGCUGCUUUUGAAUAUUAUGCUCCUAAUUAUGAAGCACCUUUGACAGGGGAAGGUGUUCAUUAUACACCCUUAACUGAUCUAGACUAUGCCAUACCGCAAUAUAUGAGUUUACCUGUAGUGGAGGAGGCGAAAUUACAAAACAUAGAGAGCAACGUUUGUAAACCAGAAAACUCAAGUCAGACUAGUGCUAAUGAAAAAAGUGACAAAAAUAACAACGAUGAAGCUAACACGCACAAUAAUGAUAUUCCAGUGUCAAAUGUCAUAGUGAGCAAUGUAGUUAGUGAAGAAGAAAAAGUUAGUGUCAUUGAUUCUUCUGCUAAUAGAGAAUCAACACAAAGUGAGGAAUCUUUAAAUGCAGACAUUUCAAACGACGUCACGUCUAGUUUAGCUUUUGUUCCUAGUAGUAAAAGUUCACAGAGACCCGGUGAUACUGAUGACACCAGUGAUGAUACAUCGCCGUGUUCAACAGAUUAUCAUGAAGCAUCUGCACUUGAUUUAGUACAAAGUCUCGAAGAACUUUCUUGUGAUAGUAAUGAUUUUUCCCAAAGUAGAGAAGAAGUUUCACCGACGGUUCCAGAAUUGCCCAAAUUAAGUAAUGCUGUGGCUACUGUAGAAAGUCAAAAUGUAACUAAUGCUGCAGUUAUAGCUACUACUACUGUUGCUACUUCGAAUUUACCUCUAAGUCAAUUGCCAUCCAUUCCAUUUUACGAACAACCUCCAACGCAAAUACCUCCUGUAAUAAAUAAAGAAUCAAUAAAUGAGCCCACAAAAGCCACAGUAAAUGUAGAAAAAAACUUGCAAAAUUUAGAAUCAAAUAAGAAAGUAGCACUGGGCCAUGAAUCAGAAACAAUAAAACCAAUAGACACAUCACAGUGUAAUAAAACGAGUCAACAAUUACCAGAACCGUGUGUCAAUGACCAUAAUACUAAUGAGCAUGCCUUGAAAAUAAAACAACAACCUCCUGUUGUUCCACCCGCGGUGCCCACGUCGUGGUUGGCGCCAAGACCGCAAGCUAGUGGUACUCAAACAAAUGUGGUGCAUCCGCCUCAGAUACGUGUCCAGAACGCAGAAGGCGCUGUGACAGAUUUGCAGAAGAGCCCCAAAGUUGCCUCGCAGCCGCCCGGGAAAUCACAGCAACCAGCAGUGGAGCCCCAGCCUUCGUGCUCCUUCGUACCACAACAACCUGUUCAAAGCUCACAGCUCAAACCGGAGAAACAGUCCAAAGAAGUAGAGGUCAGCCAACAUAUCUUAUACUUUAACAAGUCUCAAACAUUAUUUUACUUGAUGUUAAAUUAA